AGUGACCUUUUCAACACCUUCCGUGGCCAAGAAUAUUUCAUGAUAGAGACUAACAAACGCAGUGUUUUGUAAGGCACAGAGUGAGAAAAACUCCAUUAGAAAAACGCCGCUCACUAUGUGCUGAUACCACGGUCGGUAUUGACACACUUUUCGAUCCUCGUUCGAUCGUGAGUAAACAUGAAGAACUCACCAUCUAGUUGUAAGCAGUGACCACUUGCCUACAAGAAGAGCACGCAAGAAGACUGCGUUUUAUAAUUACGUGCAUUGAUACUUCUCAUGAGGAGGAGUAGAAGUAGAAAAAAGACACAGCUAAGAACCCCAAAAGAUCCACACACGCGUGCUCCCCGGCCAACCGAGCAGAGCCAAGUUUUGAGACUCGGAUCACGCCGUCGAUUGAGCGCUGAGGUCCGCCUAGCUUGACGAGGGAUAUCUGGAGGGUUAUUCUGUCUCCGGUCUCUAAUACACGACAAACGGAUUUAUUUCUCUACAUCUCUAUACGUAGCUAUAAAGUUACAAAUUGUUUAUUUUGAACCACAACAAUGACAUAAAUUCUGGACCGAGAGAACGAGGCUUUGGGGAGCGAGCUCGUGGUAGAGCUAGUCGCGUCUGAGUCUGACACACACACCGUCCAGUUUACACUAACGCUUGAUGAACACGACUCGUUGUCAUAAUCAUCAGUCUGAAUUUGGAGAUCAUGUAUGGUUUCACCUGAUAAAGCACAUGUAUACUUUGAACUGAGAGCAACAAUUCGGACUCAAGAAGGGGAGUGAGAAGUCUUCAUUUUCCCUGUCGGUGACGCCGUUAUCGUCCAUUCUACUCGGAGCAGCGAAUACACAGCGUUUGGUUGUGUGUUGUUGAGAUCGAGAGCUUCCCCCGAACACCGUGUGCUGUGCUCCGGUCCGCGGGUUCGACCAUCCAGUCGCCGAAGCAAGAUGGCGUCUGCCUGGGUGACCACAAUUCGAGUGAUAUGGUGGUGGUGUUUCUUCGGUGCUGUGGGCUUCCUUGGUCGGGGUACCCUUACUGAAGCCCAGCAGCAACCUCAAUAUGUUCGAUGUCCUGAAGUAUGUUCGUGUUUAGGAGAAAUGGUGGAUUGCAGUAAACGACAGUUGACGGCUGUGCCAAAUGACAUACCACACUGGGUCAAGAUUCUGGAUUUGAGCAAGAACCAGAUAACGGAGUUCCCAACUCAGUGGCCAAGCAUCAGCAACCUGACCAGGCUUCUCAUGGACCACAAUGAGAUUGAAUACAUUGAACCGGGGUCGAUGGAAGGGUUUGUGUCAUUACGGAAGCUGGACCUGAGCUACAACAACAUCGUUAACAUCACGGAGAACACUUUCCCAUCACAGAGUAACCUCCAUCACAUAUUCCUGAACAACAAUCGGAUAACUUUGCUAGCGCCUAGAUCCUUGGAACCAUUGAGGAUUCUACAAACCCUCAACCUGGAGAAGAAUCGGAUAGAGGAACUCCCUAAAGAGCUCUUCUUAAUGCUGGACAAAUUGGUCACGCUGAAUCUGAGUCGUAACAAGCUGUCCAACAUUAAGAGUCUAAACUUCGAGGGUCUUGCCAAUCUGGAUGUACUCAACCUGAGGCGCAAUCGCAUCUCCACCCUUGAAGACGGAGCCUUCUACGGGCUAGCCACCCUCCAAGACCUCCAGCUAGACGGCAACCGCAUCAGCAACGUCAGCAAAGGGUGGCUGUUUGGUCUCGACGAGAUCCGCCAGCUACUGCUGAGCAGGAAUCUCAUCAACGCUACCGAUCCGGAAGGCUGGAAGUUCUGCCAGUCCCUGGAAGGCUUGGACCUCUCCUUCAAUCGCAUUCAGGUCCUGAAGAGGAACGGUUUUGAACGGUUGCCGGGUCUGCUGGACCUCUUCAUCAACCAGAACGUUGUGUCGAACGUUGCCGAUGGAGCCUUUAAAGGAUUGCCUGCCCUUAAAGUGCUUGAGUUGGGCAACAAUCGCAUCUCAUGGAGUCUCGAGGACAUGCCGGGAGCGUUCGAAGGCCUGACAUCGCUGAAACGUCUCAACCUAGCCAAUAACAAGAUCCGCUCCAUCGCUAAGAAGGCCUUUGAUGGGAUCGAGGGAAUUGAAGACCUGGAUCUUCGAGAUAAUAAUAUCACUUCCAUACAGGUCAACGCUUUCCACAAUAUGGACCAUCUCAGCCAACUGUUGAUCAACUCCAGUACUCUGUUCUGCGAUUGCCAGCUCUCCUGGUUCCCUGGCUGGGUAGAUGCGGCCGGUUACCGAGGUACCAUCGACGGCACGUGUUCCCACCCUCCGCCGCUCAGAGGGGCCAACCUCUUCAGUGUGGAGCCUACUUCAUUCACAUGCGAUGAUAACUCUAAGCCACUGAUCAUCCGGCAACCCCAGACGACCGAGGCACUACAGGGAGACAACGUGUCGCUGGUCUGCAUGGCGUCCAGCAGCAGCGAGUCCACCAUGGAGUUUACGUGGAAGAAAGAUGGCGCGGUUUUGAACAACCCUAACACAGAGGUGUUUGCCAGCCAGGGUGAAGGGAACAUCAGACAGUACAAGAGUGUACUGACUCUGCCUAACAUUAGGAACGUUGACAUGGGAAGAUUCCAAUGUGUGAUUACCAACAAACUCGGCUCAACCAUGUCCAAAACAGCUCGCAUCACUGUGCAUGUGUUUCCCUCCUUUAUCCUGACCCCAAACGAGAGUGAAGUCCGUGUUGGGGGCACCGCUAAGCUGGAGUGUUCCGCCACGGGUGACCCCGUCCCGGUCAUCGCCUGGAAGAAAGAUGGCGGGGACGACUUCCCCGCCGCUCGGGAACGCCGUUUCCAAGUCAUGGAUGAGGAAUCUGAAAUGUUCUACAUCUCCAGCGUCAAGGUGACCGACAUGGGGAUCUACAGCUGCACAGCGACGAACGCCGCCGGGGUGAUCAGCGCCAACGCCACCCUAACCGUCCUGCAGUCUCCUCGAUUCCUGAAAGUCCCCGAAGACAUCACUGUACAAUCUGGUGAAGCUGCCGUCAUCGAGUGUAAGGUCACGGGGUCACCGCGACCCAGGAUAGCAUGGACCAAGGACAAGGAGGCGUUUGAAGUUGACGAUGGUCAUCUAUUGACGGACAAUAAUGGAUUAUUGAUCAUCAAGAAUGUGCGGAUGGAGGAUGAUGGGGUGUAUACGUGUGAGGUCUCCAAUAAAGUAGGCGUUGAAAAGGGCUCGGCCGUGCUGAGUGUACUCCCAAAAAUGAAAUACUCCAGUACAACCACUGGGAUUAUUAUCAUCUUGAUUGUGUGCUGCAUAGUGGGUACAUCACUGGUGUGGGUGCUGAUUAUCUAUCAUACAAGGAAACAGCGGAGACACUUCACAACAGCGCAUGCAGGUGAUCCAGCACUGCCGCCAGAAAUCCCAAGCUCCGCCUUCAACGGCUCCUCAGACGGCACCAUCCACCAAGAGACAAGUAGCGGAAUAUCUAGCGCCGCAACGGACAAGUUCCCUCCUGACAACCCCAGCGACUGCGAUUCGUUGGACGGUGGACCCAUGAUACAUCAUAGUCUCAAGUACAGACAUCGUUUACAUCCGCCGAUGUAUCCCGGUGACUCCAGCGACGCGAUGGACAUCGCUAUUGCUGGAGGAGACGUUGAAGAUGACAAAGGUGAUAGCGUGCUGGACACACCGCAGCACAUCCAUUACGAUAAAGACCUGGACACAGACCCAGAAAGCUGCCCCGAUCACAACGAGUACCCGGGCCACGAGGCCUCGGAAAACACCUUCAACAGACAUCCGUACCCAAGGCACCCAGAGGCCGGGGACCACGUCGAUGGAAUGUCACCAGAUUUCGUCGACGGUACGUUAUCGAGGCUGUUCCACCCUUCGGUGCCGCCGGGGUCUACGGAUCAGGAGGGCCGGUGCACGGCUGAUAAGUUUAAUAGAAGCACCUCUCUUGGUCGCCAUUCACAGGGAUGUGUGCAUUGUCCAAAAGAUCAAUCUGCAUAUAACAGACAUCUCCACCCACACACAAUACCGAGAAGUCAUCGGACUGGUACCCCUCAGCAGACGGCACCCGUCAAUCUCCAUGAAAACCCCACCCCUACCACAGAGACCUCAAAGGUUCCCCACACCCACUGUCGCAAUAACACGCCCGGCAAGAAAUCCAAUGGCGGGGUGUGUCACGACACAACGUCCGCACCAAGCACCCACCUCUCCCCAACCCACAAGACAAAAUCAUUGUCAUGCCACAAAGCGCCCUCAUUGAAGGCACGCCGGGCGCAAAGUAGAAUAUCACCGCCAAGCAAUGUGUAGAUAUGGUUUUAUUUAAUCUUAUUGUUUAUUCUCAAAAGCUGUGUAUUACUAAAUGUUAUGAAAUCUGGCAGAUUUAUUCUACAACUCCUUUUUUUAGCUUUGUAUUAAAAAAUGGCAAGACUUUUUUUUUUUUCGAUCCGAUAAUGUAUCACAUUUUAUAGAUGUUAUUUGGGAAGUUGGUCAUUUGUAAACGUGGUGAUGUAACGUUGUUCGGGCAUCGAUUUCAUGAAGCUAAUAAGCACACUAAACUUAAGUGGAGUACCAGAGUUGCAAUGCGCAUGGCUUUCCAGCGGUGUCCUGCCACUAUACAUCUGGCGGAUAAAGUGUCCAACAUGUGCUGCUUAAGAGCAUUAUGAUAACGGGCCCAGGGGGUGAAUAUGAUGAUUGGGUUCACGCUGGUGCUGUUCUCGUAUCCAUGGAUGUUCCUGUACUGUUCCAAAGAUAAAGCAUUAGUUGUUUCUCAUUCAGACACACUCACACAAAUGAGCAAAACUCAACUGUUUGUAAGGCUUUCUUGUUACUGUUAGUAGACUAUUUUCAUAUGUAUUUAAAAAAUGGCUGAAUAUUAAAACAAUAAUAAAACGUUUCAAAGUAUGGUCAACAAAGCUGCGUUGAUACAGUGUGGUUCUGUAUCGGUCGCCUGUGGUAUGUCUAAUAGGUGCUUUAAUGAUGUGAUGCAUUAUGGGAUUGAUCUCAAUGUUUAAAAAAAAAAAAUACAAAGGAAAGUCACCUUUGGCCCAAUUUUAUAAAGCUGUCAAGUUAGCAAAAUAUAAGCAGGGCACCGGUUGCAUCAAUGUAAACCUAAUUGCUUUUUGGCAGGUAAAAUAUUUGUCUGCUUUAUGGAAUCAGAACAAUGCUUAUUUGUCGCUGUUUGGGCUAAUGGCAUGGCUAUGUUCUCUUACUCCAUUUUACAUACAAUGCAACUUUUUUGCUGAAAUUGAAGACAACAUAACUUCAGAGCUGUACACCCCUUGCGCCGACCUACAAAACUUUUAUUGCUGAACAGUUUUCAAACUACAUGUAUACUGUUUUUAAGGCAGAAAAAUGCGGAUGAACCCCAUUUUGAAUCAUUAGAGAAGAAAAAGAAAAGAAAAAAAGCAAAGAAGUUGUAUUGAGAAUGUGUUGUAAAACUUGUUGCAAAUCUGCCAGUAGGCAAGUUUGCCAUCUAAGCUCGCUGCCCAUCUAAAUGUUAAAUAUUAAUUAAAUAUGUUUUGUAUGUACAGAAAGUUUGUAAAUAAUAUAUUAUUACUUUUAAAAGAAAAGGCAUGCUUUUUCAUCCCACCCUUUAUAUAUAUAUACAAAUAUAUAUAUAAAAUGUUGAUGUUCUUAAUAAUGUACUAAGAGUUUUGUCAAUUAAGUGUUAAUUAAUUUUGUUUUGAUUUUUUUUAUUUAUUUUGUUUUUUUGGUAGUACGAAAAUUAUGAUUGAAAAGAUUGUAGAUAGCUUAAUGAGUAAUGUUUCCUACACGACAAUACCUCCGUUGCUAGUUUUACUAACGUGUUACGUGUUUGAAUGUAAGUUGGUCUGCUUGAUAAAUUUAAUAUGAAGGGUUUUUGUUGUCCCUGUGAUGUCAACGUCGUGCCUCAAAAGUAAAGAAACACCAGUGACAAUCUUGAAUAUGGUAUGUACGCUGCUAACCCUCUAAAUGUUUACGCCAAUUUUUCUGGAAGUAAUACUGGGCCCAAUUUUAUUGCUCUGCUUACCGUAAUCAAAGAAGCGGCGCAUACGGAUGCAGGAAAUUUUGAGUUUAUGUCAAGCACAUUUCACGGGGUUGCAUGGAAUUUUGUUUUGUGCACAGUGCGAACGUCAAAUUACAGGCAUUCUUCCCUUAGUACCGCUAGCACAGAAAUUUGGCAACGCAAAGUAAGUGGAGAACAAUGAUAGCAAGCAUAGAAUUCGGCGGUAAGCAGGGCCAUGAAAUGAUCGCAAGCACAGAAUUCGGCGGUAAGCAGAGUCGUGAAAUUGGGCCCAGGUUCAAAUUGUAAGCUACUUAUUUGUGGACUGUAUGGGUAUCAAUUGAAGAAGCCGCUCGUUAUUAGUGAUUGUAUCGAGUUAGUAUUGCGCAAGCUCAGAUCCUGAGGUGCUAACACGUUGUUUGAAAAUUAAAUCGAUGAAGGUCAAAGUUCGGUGAAGAACGUAUAACAAAUAUGCUGAGUUUAGUUUCUGUUCAAAUGACUGCAUUCAGAUGGACUUGGUUCAAAGUAUGGACGUUUGAUAGAUACGUUUUAUAUCAGUGUUUGGUUUGGCCUACAUCGAUGCAGUAAGAUUGAGUUGGUUGGGAUUCGAAUCAAAUAAUAUCAUAAAACCAAAGAGAUAUGAUUUGUUUGACAAUAGAGGUAGCGGACCACUUCUCUGCUUCAAGAAACUUUUUAAUGGGUCAAAUUUAAUAUGUACCUAGGAACAUUUUCUGUUGUUGAUGUUUUUCUGUUGUUGUUGUGUUCACAAAAAAACAUGAUUCCUCAUGUUGAUUUUUGUGACACUUUUAUCUUUUAUCUUCCAGUCAUUUCAAUUUUUACAUUCAUGUGCUAAACAAUAAUUUACACAAACUUUGUGGAGCUUUACAAACAGAGUUGAAUGUACAUUUGUACUUGAAUAGUCUGUGUGCCAAAAACCGUUUUGAUACCAACUGCCAGAGCGUCAAACUUUUUAUAGCUUUCUUUUUUGGUAUUAAAGUAAUAUUCACAGAAGCCCAACUGUUUUACAUGGAUGGGAUUUGUUGCUGCUGCUGCUGUAUAUAGAUAAUGCACUCAUGGUCAAACUAUUAAUUUGUCAAAAUUGUGAAUCUUUUUAUAUCCACAAGGCAAGUUUGUGUCAUGAUAAUAUGUGGGCUAAUUUCAUAAAGCUGUUCAUUUAGCACAAAUAUUUGCCUUAAGCACAUACAAAUCUAGUUGAAAUGGGUUACCAGCCACAACACAGUGGAAAAUACACUGCCCGUGGCUGGUUCCCUGUAAGAUUCUGCUAAGCUGGGAAAUUUAAGUAGUAUUUGUAGCUGAACAACUUGAUGAAAUUUGGCCCAGGCAGCAGACUCUUUUAUCACACUGUAGCCAGUGGAGUCAGGUUCCAAGUGUGCAGUAAUGGCUGCAGCACUAGUAUGCAUAAAGGGACCUGACUUUUGAGGAUUCCAUUCUCGGAUCUGGUGAUGAGAACUUAUGUGAAAGAAAUCAAGAUGGCUGUACUGUUGUGUGCAUUGGUUUACAAAGGUUUUGGGCUAUUUCCAAAACCAAGCCUAGGCUCUGGCUCUAAGUGCCGUUUGAUGCUUGCAACACCGUACAAAAUGUACACUGUGAAAUUGGGCUUUGGGUACCACUGCACACUUCCGGACUUGGUAGAUCUUUAAAUGGCAAGAAAUUUACAGACAAAAUAUUUGUAAAAUUUGAGGUCAAAAUUGUUCAAAAAAUAAACUUCAAAACUCAAAAUAUUGUAAAAGUUGAAGUGAAAUUUGUUCAAGAAAAAAACUUUUUAAAGGAAUACUCUAAAGAUGAGAAAUAAUAAUUCCAAAUCCGGAAACAACAUUAAUCUCUUUUGAGUUCUGUGGCCAGUUUAAGAGAGCAGUAAAGAGCCUGGACUGAUAACAUGCGGGAACACCAUGGUAUUGUACAUUGUCACUGACUGGUAGCCACUUAUUUCUUCUCAUAAAGUUUCUUGUAUUACGCUUUGCUUGUGUAAAGGGCCCUAAGUUAAUUGAGCUGCUUGAGGGCCCUAAGUUAAUUCAGCUGCUAAAGCUGCCUAAUUUUCUGUUCAGCAUAACUAAGCAGGAACAGCAGAUAAUACACGCAGAAAAGGUACUUUUGAUGGUAACUUUUUUUGUGGUGAGCAAAAAUGUUCCGUGCUUGGCUUCUAUUUGUGCUUAAGCAGCUCUUUUUAAAAUGGGCCCCGGUUUCGAAGCAGUGCUGAAGUAACUAACACUUUGCUGUGUUAUAGACGAAUGCUUGUAUGGCUCCUCAGUGGCUGAUGUUGUGAUCUCUCUGUACUAUUGAUGUCAUGUACAGCUAGUGGUGCAUCUUAUUGAUGUUGUUUCAAUCAUUUUUUUAAGUAAUUACGUAUCCGUCAAUCCACCACCAUUAAUUUCCCACCAUUUGAUUUAAGAAGAAGGAUUGCAUAUGUGGUUAUUUGUUUGACCGAGAUUUCAAGAAUACGGGCUUGGAAGGUAUCACAAGCAGUGGGCAAGAUCAGAGCCUGAUUUCAUGGUUCUGUUUACAAUAGACAAACGUAUUUCACAGGUUAGCAUGGAGUUAUUUGUUUGACCAAGAUUUCAAGAAUACGGACUUGGAAGGUAUCACAAGCAGUGGGCAAGAUCAGAGCCUGAUUUCAUGGUUCUGUUUACAAUAGACAAACGUAUUUCACAGGUUAGCAUGGAGUUAUUUGUUUGACCAAGAUUUCAAGAAUACGGACUUGGAAGGUAUCACAAGCAGUGGGCAAGAUCAGAGCCUGAUUUCAUGGUUCUGUUUACAAUAGACAAACGUAUUUCACAGGUUAGCAUGGAGUUAUUUGUUUGACCAAGAUUUCAAGAAUACGGACUUGGAAGGUAUCACAAGCAGUGGGCAAGAUCAGAGCCUGAUUUCAUGGUUCUGUUUACAAUAGACAAACGUAUUUCACAGGUUAGCAUGGAGUUAUUUGUUUGACCAAGAUUUCAAGAAUACGGACUUGGAAGGUAUCACAAGCAGUGGGCAAGAUCAGAGCCUGAUUUCAUGGUUCUGUUUACAAUAGACAAACGUAUUUCACAGGUUAGCAUGGAGUUAUUUGUUUGACCAAGAUUUCAAGAAUACGGACUUGGAAGGUAUCACAAGCAGUGGGCAAGAUCAGAGCCUGAUUUCAUGGUUCUGUUUACAAUAGACAAACGUAUUUCACAGGUUAGCAUGGAGUUAUUUGUUUGACCAAGAUUUCAAGAAUACGGACUUGGAAGGUAUCACAAGCAGUGGGCAAGAUCAGAGCCUGAUUUCAUGGUUCUGUUUACAAUAGACAAACGUAUUUCACAGGUUAGCAUGGAGUUAUUUGUUUGACCAAGAUUUCAAGAAUACGGACUUGGAAGGUAUCACAAGCAGUGGGCAAGAUCAGAGCCUGAUUUCAUGGUUCUGUUUACAAUAGACAAACGUAUUUCACAGGUUAGCAUGGAGUUUUUUCUUUUACAUUCUUAACUUACACAGCUAAGCACAGAGAUUUAGCGCUUGCUCCAAAGCGAUAACUGGUGAUCACAAGCCAUUAAAUCUGUCCCCUAUUUAGAAGCAAUAGCUUUGUGGCACUGAAAUUGGCUCAUAGAUAUUGCCUCGCCAUGGCAGUGCUGCUUGUAACAUAAAAUACGCCACAAGUUAAACCGUUUUUUUAAACAUCAAUCAAUGCAACAACCAGAGAAGGUAUUAACAAUUAAAAACAAAGUGUCAAGUAGCUCUUUCGAUGAAGUAGGUGAAUUUUGUUCACACUCCUCUCUGUCGGCAAUUUAUUAUUAUUUUUCAAGAAGAUAACAAAUCUUGCGAAUGGUUCAGCAUAUCGAUAGUCGGUAUAAGACAUUAUUUUUGAUAUUUCUUCUCCCUCCUUCCACCCAACCCUUUUUCCAUAGACCUUAUGCGCGCAUUAGGCGUGGGAUGAGGUGCAUGCUGGUCUAGCUAGCGAUCAAGUUUGAUAGACCAGCAUGCAUGGCACCUGGUAGUUUGCGAAAAGGUCUUUGGAUCCUUGAAUAAUGGGAGUUUUGGCUUUAUCCAGAAGGCAGCGACAGUAAUUGACUUAAUUGCCAUUGGUGAAGAUCUGGGCGCAUCCUCACAUUUUUUAUGGUCCACCAGGGACCAGUCAUCAGUCCAAGUCAGUUCUGUGCUUGGUGAUGAUUUUGUCAAGAAACCUGUCAAGUGUUUCCUGUUUGUGACUCCUCUAAUUUUAUUGGAGGGAGUGAGAUUGGGGGUGGAAAAUCUCGAUUGAACUGGGCAAGAAUUAGUUGCGAGUGUCAAAUUAAGUUGUUGGUUCCUGGCGACCUUCACUGGUUUCAUGGUCACAUUGCACAGACUGAGAGAGAAACUCUGGUGUUCAGUUUGUCUUUGUUUGGCUAGUUUUUCUUCCAUUUGGGUUUGUCAAAUAGGCUCCAGGUUACACUUGCGCAAACAGAUCACAACAGUUUGUGAUCCUUAAUAUGUUGAUGCUCUUGUUGUCGUCACCCUUUUUUAAAUAACCAAUCAACACUUCUGAAAUGUUCACCUGUGGUUUCUUACGGUUGCAACGUUGGUAUGUUUGGUAGCGCACAGCUUGUUCAACUCAAAAUUGUUGGCAAACCUUGACACACAAGUGGAACAUGCCCCCAAGUUUACAGAAGCUUAUCUUUAUCAUGCAACUAAGUCUUGUUGAAUGUCUAUGUGAGCAUAUUCCACAAAUGAUUCAAGUGCUGUUCAGUUACUUAGAUACUUGUUUGGGAUUUAGAACCCUCAUUUUUGUGAUCAAAGCCAAGCAGUCUAACCAAAGUAUCGGUAUUGAACUUCCCAUGGAUUAUUUCCACAGUGCAGCCAUCUUUGUUUUAUCUCAUUCUAAUCCAUGCAAUAUCCAUCUCGAGGCUGGAUGGGAAAGUAGUCUGAUCCCUCGUUUGUAAAAGGAGAUACAGUUUCCAUAAACAGGAUCGCAGACAGGGAACAUGGCAGUGGCAUAAUGAAACUGGACAUUUUUUCUUCAGUAUUUUUGGUGUAUUUUUACAGCUUUUAAUGUGCAAAGACAAACAUAACUUCACUCCAAACAAGGAGGUAGAAAUGUUCCAACCAACCAUAAUGUUAAGUCAACACAAACAAUGUCAUUUAUUUCUUGUGUGCUCUCUAAAAAGACAAAAAUGCUUGUGUGACUGGAUGAUAAAGAUUGUUUUUAACAACGGUACAACAGGGUGUAAACUUUAAAAACUGAGGUCCGAUUUUGCCUCGGGAAAAAGAAAAAAAAAGUAUGAAACAAUUUAAAUGUUAAAUUACAGGUACAAACUUUUAUUGAUAACUAUUAUUUCCCUACUUUUCUGAAAUAACAGACUUUUCUUUUCUACAUUUCUAUAUUAAAAUAAAAAAAAGAACACUGGAUAGUUAAUACAUCUUUGGUUAUUUCUUUAAAAAAAAGAUACUAGCCCUCAAGAGAUCCAAGAAAAUCCUCGAGAAUUUGUAAAACACUGGUAGCAGUACCUUUACCUUCAGUGUCAGUUAAAAAAUGAAAUAGUUAUGGUAAAGUCUGCUCCCAUCCCCACCCUCAAAUGACUACCCUUCCUCCUUACCCUAUCUCCAAGGCCAACUUCAGCCCUCGUUAGAAAUAUUUACCAACAAAAAACCAAAGAUAACUAAUCGUAACUUAAUUAUCCGAAUACUAAAAGGCAUUGGUAAGAAAUUAAAUAAAAAGAAAACUCUAAUUUUGACGAUAGCUAUAUUUAUGUACAAUUAUGAACAAUGGAGGUACGCCCACUUUAUAGGUACAUGAUUGGAAAACCACCCUGAUUUGUGUUUAUUUGAUUUUUAAAGACGUGUAUCCGUUUAAAAUACAUGUUCCACCGCGGUGUACUGCAAUCUUCUAAAGACUGCAUUUUGUUUGUUGUAGGAGUGGAGUUUUCCCGUUACAAACAUUGUACAGUAAUGUAAAAAUAUUUGAGAAGAAGGCUUAGUAAAAUGCUAAAACAAAGUGAA